AUGUGGAUACAUCGACAACAGAGCACUGUUAUUGGACGUAUUGUGACAUGUCAUCCAACAGAGGGGGAAAGAUAUUAUCUUAGAUUAUUAUUAAUGAAUAUUAGAGGACCGAAAUCAUACCAACAUUUGCUAACUGUAAAUGGAAUAUGUUGUAGUACAUUUAGAGAAACCGCAGAAAACCAAGGAUUAUUACAAUGUGAUAAUAACUUGGUUGACUGUAUGUCCGAGGCUGUAAGAUAUCAGAUGCCUUAUAGUCUAAGACGUUUAUUUGCUACACUUUUGGUAUAUUGUAAUCCUACUAACCCAAAAGAACUUUGGGACCGAUUUGAAGAUUCUAUGUCUGAAGACUUCAAGAUUUUGCCACAUUUGAACGAGAAACAAAUUUGUCGUAUGGCUUUAGAUCAUAUUAACAACAUUUUGCAUUCAUUGGGUCGUGACAUAAAUGAAUUUGCACUUGUAUCAGAAAGAAUUUUAGCUUCAUUUGCUGCUAAGAAGGCUCAAGAUUCUCAUUUUGAAAGAAAUAUAAUUGUUAGAGAAGAAGAUUUAUUACUAGAAACAAAAUUGGACAAUGAACAACGAAAAGCAUAUGAUGUAAUCCUUGAUAGAAUAUUUAAGAAUAAAUCUGGAGCUUUUUUAAUCGAUGGUCCCGGAGGAACAGGCAAAACUUUUUUGUAUCGUGCAUUAUUGGUUGCUGUACGAUCAAAAGAAUUUGUAGCUUUAGCAACAGCAACCUCUGGUGUUGCAACUUCAAUUCUUCCCGGAGGACGGACUACUCACUCUCGUUUUAAAUUUCCUAUUGAUAUUGAUGAACAAUUCUUCUGUAAUAUUAAUAAGCAGAGUUCCCUUGCAUCAUUGAUACGAGAUGCCAAACUAAUUGUGUGGGAUGAAGUAUCAAUGGCCAAAAAAUAA